AUGAACGAGCUGCCGUAUGUAAUCAGAAAAAACAUUUUCGAGAAAAUUGGCAGUCAAAAGCCAAAAAUUAAAUGGUUUUAUCCAAGUGGACUUCCUCGGGAAAUUACGAAUGAAAUGGACACGCUAUCGAACCAACUGAAAUUUUGCCUCGUUUAUCCUGAAUUUUUAACGAAGUUAGACCUGAAUACGAAAAGACUCCCCCUGAAGUGCCUGUAUUUGCUGCACUACUUUCCAGAGUACAGUUCCAGGACAGAGAAAGAAAUCCGCGCACGAUUACGUAACGACGCCAAAGCAUUUGAACACAUAGAACACGAAGAUGGAUCGUGGGAGGUGCAUUCGUGGACGAUUACUGACAUUAUUGGAGAUAGAGAGGAACAUUCGGACUGGGCUUUCAGAUAUUACUGCGAGUACUUGGCAUUUCUCAUCGACUUAUCAGUCGUGCGACUAGAAGAUUCGUCCUCGCUCAUGGAUUUUGCAAGGAGAAAUAAAUUCAAGAAGAGUGAAGCAUUUUUGGCCGAUGCUCUUUUGUUCUCAUGA